CCCUCCUGGAACCAUUUUGAUUCCUAAACUGAGCAAAUGUUUUCUCGGCAAUGUCAAAAUGGGAAACCUCCCCAUUGUCUCACAAAUCCGGUCUUAAGGGCACAUUUAAGAUAUGAAUAGGGUGUGAGCCUGUGACCUGGCCCAGGAACUAAGUAUUUAUCAUUACAAAAACUAGCCCGGCUCCCCAGGCAAUCCAAUCAAGUGACCAUUAAACAGGUAACCUGUCAGACGAGAUAAACAAUGCAGUCAGAUUUCUGCUGUAGACUGCCUUUUCUGUGAUGUAGGUAUGACUAGCCAGGCUCCCCAGGAAAUCCAAUCAAGUAACCUACCAGACAGGAGAUAAACAAGGACAGGAGAAAAACAACAUUCAAAAUUUCUGUUUUAGACCGCCUUUUCUGUGAUGUAGGUAUGAUGUAUCUGAGGGGUGGUCUUAGGUUACACCCCUUCUGCGAUGUAGGAAUGAUGUUUCUGGGGGUGGUCUUGCCUUGCCUUGCUACACGACCAUGGGAUCCCUUCCCCAUCAAUGGGUCUAUGAUUCCCACCAACAUUUCUCCGGAGAAAGAGGCCCAAUAAUUCUGCAGCUCCAGAAGACCUGGUUGGGAGAGAGGAGAAAGCGAAAGCAAACUCUGAAUCCAUCUUUCCAGGGAAUGGUAGAGUUGGAUGGGACCCCACUGAAAAACCUCCAAUUAAUGAUAGGAUAGAUUCGGAAAGGACCCCCAGGGUCAUCCAGUACAACCCCAGGCAAUGUCACCAUGGGCGUACCUGGGAUGGGAGAGAGGAGAGAGGCAUGGGUGCCCGAGCGCCCACAACAUUCCCAUGGAGGGUCUGGACACCCCCAAAUUUCGGUGCCAGGGCCAUGGCACCCAGUUGACACUUCUGUAGGGGGAAGAGGAACAUUGGAAUUCCUCCCUGAGGUGCUUGAUGUCUCCUCUCCCCAACGGGCUCCAUCCUGCAGGGAUCUCCAUGAUGCUGGGGGUGUCCUUCCAGCUCUCCGCCUCAGCCCUGGUGAGUGCUGCUUUCUCCGGAUGGGGAUCCUCUUGCCAUUGUGUCAGCCCCAUAAGCUCCAGAUCCGUGAGUAUCUUUUUGCCGCGGGUUGGACUGGAUGAUCUAUGGGGUCCCACCCUUAGGUGCUACCACCCUUUUGCUCCCCAGGAGGGAAGGCCUGGAAGUGGCUCAGCAUCUACGUCAACGGACUGACAGGCUUGGCUUCGGCCCUUGCCUUCGUGGCCCUGAUCCUGUGGAGCUAUGAUCAAGGUGAGGCGGGAAGGGGCUUUCGGAGAAGAGGAAGAAGCUAAUUUGCCACAAUAAUAAUAAUAAUAAUUUAGUAUUUAUACCCUGCCCAUCUGGCAGGGUUUCCCAGCCACUCGGGCGGCUUCCAACAAAACACUAAAAUACAAUAACCAAUUAAACAUUAAAAGCUUCCCUAAACAGGGCUGCCUUCAGAUGUCUUCUCAAAGUCCGGUAGUUCUUUUUCUCUUGGACAUCUGGUGGGAGGGAGUUCCGCAGGGCGCGCACCACCACCGAGAAGGCCCUCUGCCUGGUUCCCUGCAACUCGGCUUCUCACAGCGAGGGAACCACCAGAAGGCCCUCGGAAGUGGACCCCGGCGUCCGGGCUGAACAAUGGGGGUGGAGACGCUCCUUCAGGUCUACUGGACCUUUGAGGCCGUUUAGGGCUUUCAAGGUCAGCACCAACCCUUUGAAUUGUGCUCGGAAACGUACUGGGAGCCAGUGUAGGUCUUUCAAGAUGGCCGCUCGCAGUCCCCAGUCUAGCUGCCGCAUUCUGGAUUAGUUGUAGUUUCUGGGUCACCUUCAAAGGUAGCCCCUCGUAGAGCGCAUUGCAGUAGUCCAAGCGGGAGAUAACCAGAGCAUGCACCACUCGGGCAGGUAGGGUCUCAUCCUGCAGCCCAGAUGGAGCUGGUAAACAGACACAGAAUGGAACUGCGCCUCCAUGGACACCUGUGAGUCCAGAAUGACUCCCAGGCUGCGCACCUGGUCCUUCGGGGGCACAUUUACCCCAUUCAGGACCAGGAGUCCUCCACACCCGCCCGCCUCCUGUCCCCCCAAAACAGUCCUUCUGCCUUGUCAGGAUUCAACCUCAUCUUGUCAGGAUUCAACCUCCCCCAUCUGUUAGCCUCCAACCGUCUCCAGGCACUCACACAAAACCUUCGCUGGUUCCCAUUGGAAAGAGAGGUAGAGCUGGGUCUCAUCCGCAUAAUACUGAGCUUAAAGGAAUACUGGGCUUAAAAGGAAUGGACAGCCUUAAAAAAAGUCUGAUUUUCCUUUGGAAGGAUCUAGUAGACUAGUUGCCUUUUAGGGGGUUGGACGUGGGGGUCCCGUCCGACUGGACCGGCCCACCAUCGCCCUUCCUCUCCAGGAGGACUAGGUGCCUUUUAGGGGGUUGGACACGGGGGUCCUGUCCGAUUCGACCAUCCCACCAUCGCCCUUCCUUCCCAGGAGGACUAGGUGCCUUUUAGGGGGUUGGACACGGGGGUCCCGUCCGAAUCGACCGUCCCACCAUCGCCCUUCCUCCCCAGGAGGACUAGGUGCCUUUUAGGGGGUUGGACACGGGGGUCCCGUCCGAUUCGACCAUCCCACCAUCACCCUUCCUCUCCAGGACUCUCGGCCGCCCUCAUCCUGCCUCUGUUCCUCCUCAUCUACGUCGCGAUGGUCACCCUGCUGGUCGUGGGCACCGUUGCCUUCAAGAUGGACAUGAUCCACCAGAUCACCGACCCGGCAGGUUGGUCAGCGGGGCUGGGCGGCGUCCUCCACCCUCCAGAGCUUUUGGGUCCCUUCCAGGUUCUCGAUUCCCUCCUCUUUCUUCUCCUGCAGCUCAGCGGCUGGUGGACUUCAGCACCCCGACGGGGGUGAUCUUGGUCACUGUGACGUGCAGCCUCCUCAUCCGGCAGGUGGUGAAGCUGGAAGGUGAGACUGGCAGGCGGCUUAAAUUUCUAUGUCAUUUGAUGUCGUCUGAAAUGUGGGGGGAUUUGGCACGGAUUGGCUCACAACGUAGAAAAACAGAUAAAUAAAAUAAAGUAAAAAUAAAAUAAAAUAAAGUAAAAAUAAAAUAUGGCAAAUGAAAUAAUAAUUAUUAUUAGUUAUUUAAUGGGUAUACUGCCCUAUACCCGCAACUCUCAAAACUAUAAUCACAAUGACUACAAUAAUCAAUAAAAAUAACAACAGAUCACCAUGCUUUCGGCCCAGUGCAAUUCAGCUCCAGGGACCACACAUUCAGCUCCAGGGACCUUAAGAUGCACAGACAUUUCCCUUUACUUUUUAGGAAGAAAAAAGUGUAUCUUAUGGAGCCAAAAAUAUGGUACCAUAUGGAAAAUGAAAUAAUAAUUAUUAUUUCUUAUUCAAUGGGUAUACUGCCCUACACCCACAAGUCUCAAAACUAUAAUCACAAUGUUUACAAUAAUCAAUAAAAAUAACAACAGAUCACCAUGCGCAAAUACUGUGAAACCUACAAAAGCAGUAGGAGAAGCAAGGACACCCAACCUAAAAUUAUUGUUUUUAUUAAAAUUAUUACUAAAAUAAUUACUAUAUUAUUAUUAUUAUUAUUAUUAUUAUUAUUAUUAUUAUUAUAAUACAUACCCUGCACUCCUCUUCUCUCUUCCCAGCUGAUUCUGCUGCCCCUAAAGUCCUGGUUUGGGGGGGGGGAGUUUUAAAAAUAUCUUAAAACUUUGGCCUGGCUGUUGUUUUCUUCACAGAGCAAGGAUGCGCUGCACCAGUGGACCUGACGCCUGUUGUUGCAGGAACUGCUGGGAUGUACUUCCUCCCCUUUGCAGCAAUUGUUGCCGUCCGUAAGUAACUCCACCACUGUAGAUGGGGCAGGUUUGGCCUUGCUGCGGGUUGGACUGGAUGACCUUUGGGGGUCCCAGCUCCGGCAUUGUAUGAUUCUGUGUUGAGAUUCCUGCACUGAAGAUGAUGGAUUUUUCAGAGCUAGCCGACCUAACCGGAAGAGUCCGUGACCAGGAGGAGGAGGAGUAUCAGGAAGAGUGGAUUAAAUUGAAUGAUUACUUAGUUAAAUUUAAUUAAAUUUAAUCCAAUCUUCCUGAUACUUCUCCUUCUGGUGGCAGGCUCUUCCUGUUAGGUCUUAGUUAACUAUGUUAAGUUAAAUUAACUGAAAACAGCUUGCAGAUACUUAAUUGGCUUAGGAUUUUAUUUACGUUAAGUGAUGAAUUCAUAUGUUUAAUUUCAUAAUGUGAAGAUCUAAGGAUGUUAAUGUUUAAGUUGAAUUUUAGAAGAACUGUGAUUUGGAAAACCGUUCAAAGGACAUGCAAUGAAAUUCAACCAUGGGGAAGCGAGGACGUCACUUAACAAUGUUAAUCAGUGUAAUUUUCUAUAAGGCUAUUGUCAGAGCUGGCUCCAGGUCCCAACUCACAGAGGACCAACGCUAGCCGGCAGUAAUGUACAAAAGUCUUUAUUGAAGUACAGUUUCCAUUUUCAAGCCGCAGCGCCUCAGCUCUACGUCUAGGGGUUAGAUCGGCGAAGCUCCAUCUGAGUCUCCGCCCCCUGUACACCAGUUUAAGAUUCUAGCCUUACUCCACCUCUUACGUCUCUCCUUUCUCCUCUGGGUCCUGCUACCCCCCGGGGUCCCUUCCUUCCUGGAUUCUUCUGACGCUGACGUUGACCCCCCUGACUCCUCCCCCUCUUUUCGGCGGGCUUUGGGACCUGGCUCCCUAUCCGGGCUGCCAACUGCGCCGCCCUCCUGUACAUUUGAACUUGGCGCGCGCCCCCAGCCUUCAACCUUCCUCUCGACCGUUUCCUCGCUCCCCGAUGGAGGCGUGGCCAAUCCUGACUCAUGUCCUCCCACUGGCAGUGCGCCGCCUGAUCCCGAUGCCUGGGACCCCUCCCCCCUACUGCACGCGGGAGUGGACGCUGGGCCGGAUAUGCAACUGCGGCUCUCUGAGGCCCCUCUGGCCCCUGCUUCCUGGGGUGUCCCCUCGGCACCCCCUUGCUCUGACCAAGGGAGCCCCUUUCUGUGAAUCUUCCGAUUCGCUGGAAAGACUCAGAGACCUCGGACCGCUGUCAUCGCUAACAUUUCCUUCGGACUCCUCCCCUCGCUCUCUAUUUCCUCCCUUUCCUGUGCCUCUGCUCCUGAACCCCUGACAUCCAUCCCCCUCGAAGCCCCGCCGUACCCCCUCCCCUCCUUCAGGUGUGGGUACUGGGUGCUCCGUCGUUGUGGGGGUGAGUGCCGGAUACAGUUCGUCCCCCGUGGCGUGCAUCCAGCCGGAUAAGUCCGGCUCGUCCUCCGUGCUCUCGCCGACCUCAAUUUCCUCUGCUUCCAUCUCUUUGCCGCCGUGCUCGAACCCAAGGUCCUCCCCAACACGUCCAUGUCCGUCUCUCCCCGGUCUCCUCCGGGGACGUUGCCUGCCAAGGACCCCCCAGCCACUUCCUGCGCCACUGCUCCUCUGGUCGAUUGUCCCACCAAUAGGAACGGUCUGAGGCAGACCCCGAGGGUGAUCCCUCCGGGGAACGUGUUUCUAGUGCCGGUUCCUCGUCCGAGGUGAACCCCUGGAAUGUGCUAGCUGAAAAUGUGGGUGUGAAAAGCCAGUCGUCGAAAUACUCGGCUGGCAUGGGCCUGUGUGGGAAAAGGGCAUGAAACUCGUCCUUGAGAAAAGGUUCGUCCAAGGCAUGGUCUGGCACCCAACUGUUGGCGCUGGCCGGGGUACCUUCUCUGGCGAGAAGAUAUUCUACUCCCUCUUCCCCCCCAUCUCGAGUCUAAAAUCUCUGUGACUUCGUUGACGGGUUCCCGCCUUGGCGACCCCCCCCUUGUGGGCGUUUCCCUGAACGGGUCUGGUGCCGUUCCUGGCUCCUGAAAUCUAUGAGGUGCUUUGUAGGGCGUGAGCACUGAUCUAUGGAAAACUGGGUGCAUUCUGGAUCCCUCCGGCAGUGUCAACCGGAAGGCCACUGGAUUGACCUGUGCCUCGACUUGGUAGGGUCCUAGCUGCUUAUGCCCUAGCUUCUUCUUCGCUAACGAUCUGGCCGGCACUGCCUGGGCUGCUAACCAAACCCAGUCUCCCACCUGUAUGUCUUCCCCAACCCUUCUGUGCUUGUCAGCCUGCAGUUUGUAUGCGUGCUUUGCUAGUUCUAACUGCCUCCGAAGCUGUUCGUGAACCUCCUGCAACUCUGAUGCUAAGGCUUCCGCUGCCUGUGGCUCCCCCUCCCCGCUCUCGCUAAUCCCGGGAAGGUUCUGGGAUGCCUCCCGUUGUUGGCGAAGAACGGUGUCACCCCCGUGGACACGUGCUUCGUGUUGUUGUAGGCGAACUCAGCGAGCGGCAGGUAGUCCACCCAUGUUGCCGGCUGCUGAUUUGCGUAGCAUCGCAGGUACUGCUGCAUGAUGGCGUUGACUCGCUCCGCUUGUCCGUUCGUCUGCGGGUGUCUCGCCGACGCUAGGUUGAUCUUGACGUUCAGGAAACCCAUCAGCUUCUGCCAGAAGUUCGAGAUGAACUGUCGCCCCGGUCGGACAGGAUAGACCGUGGCAGACCGUGAACCCUGAACACGUGGUCUAUGAACAGUUUGGCGGUCUGUUCCGCCGUGGCCACCUUCGCGCACGGAAUGAAGUGGGCCAUUUUGGUGAACAUGUCCACCACCACUAGCACUGCCGUCUUGCCCCUCGAGCUGGGUAGAUCCGUGACAAAGUCCAGGGCCACCCUCUCCCACGGUUCGAGCGGUGUCUGCAGCGGUUCGAGCAGUCCCGCCGGCGGUUUGUGCACUGACUUGGCCCUUUGGCAGGUGUCGCACCUCGAGACGUAAUCCGCGACUUCCCCCGCAUCUUGGGCCACCAAAAUCUCUGGCUACUAAUUCUACCGUCUUCUCUUUGCCAAAGUGCCCGGCGGUGGGUGCGUCGUGCAACUGCUGCAGUACUUUCGCGGAGGUCGUCUCCCGGUACGUAGAGGGCCCUCUGCGGAUGAGCAAUCCGUCGCGUAUCUGGAACUCGUCGUCCUCCGCCGUGCCCCUUUGCACCUCUGCCAUCUUUGCUUGCGCGAAGGGGUCCUCCUGCAGUGCUCGACGUACAGCAUCCAGGUCCACGGUUGCUGAAGCGCACGCCCACGCUUUCGGUGCGAAAAUGUGCUUGGCCGCUGCUGGUGCCGCCUCCUCGAGGUAUUGCGGCUUUCUGGACAGUGCAUCCGCCAUGAUGUUGUUGUCGCCUGGGAUGUACUCUAUCCUGAAGUCGAAAUCCGCAAAGAACUCCGCCCAUCGUAUGUGCCUCUGGUUCAGGAACCUUGCCGUGCGCCAGUACUCCAGGUUUUUAUGGUCCGUGCGGACCUGCACUGUGUGUUUGGCUCCAAUGAGGAAGUGCCGCCACGCCUUGAAUGCUGCAUGAAUGGCCAGCAACUCCCUGUCCCAGAUGGUGUAGUUCUGCUCUGACUUGCUGAGCUUCCUGGAGUAGAAGGCACACGGUCUCCAGUCCCCAUGCGGGUCUUGCUGCAACAGUACUGCUCCCACGGCUCUGUCUGAGGCGUCCGUUUCAACCCUCAUCGGUCUGCUGGGAUUCACAUGCAGUAGCUGCUCUUCGGACGAGAAGAGACGCUUGAGUUUCUGAAAGGACUGCUCCGCUUGCUCCGUCCAGAUGAACUUCUUCUUCUUGGAGCUGAGCGUGUCGGUAAUGGCCGCCGUCUGCAUCGCGAACCCCUUGAUGAACUUGCGGUAAAAGUUGGCGAAACCGACAAACCGCUGGACCUCCUUCCGAUUGCGCGGGCUCUUCCAGUCCAACACUGAGCGAACCUUGGCGCUGUCCAUGGCGAGCCCCUUGUCCGACAACUUGUAGCCCAGGAAAUCUACCUCCUUCAUGUCGAACUGGCACUUCUCCAGCUUGGCGUACAGCCUGUGCUCCUGCAGUCUCUGCAGAACUUCCUUGACGUCUCCCUCGUGGGUCUCCUCUGAUUCUGAAAAUAUCAGGAUGUCGUCCAGGAAGCAGACGCAUUUCUUGUAGAGGAGACCCGCCAAUACGUGAUGCAUGAAGGCUUGAAAACAGUGGGAGCCAUUUUGUAAUCCAAAGGGCAUAACUCUGUAUUCAUAGGUGCCCAGGGGCGUGAACAUGGCAGUCUUCCAUUCGUCGCCCUCCCGUAUGCGAAUCAGGUUGUACGCCCUCGCAGAUCCAACUUUGUGAAAACGCGUCCUUUCCUCACCGUUGCGAGCAGGUCAUCUAUCUUGGGCAUGGGAAAGGCUGUGGGCUUGGUUUUCGAGUUCAAAAUUCUAUAGUCCACCACAAGCCUUUUUUGGGGCGUGUCCUUCUUCUUCACAAAGAAUACAGGACUGCCCCCCACUGCCUUCGACUCCUGGAUGAAACCGCGCUUCAAGUUGAGGUCUAUGAACUCCCUGAGUUCCUGCAGCUCGUCUUCAGACAUGGAAUACAGUUUCCCGGUUGGCAGCGUCGCCCUGGCAGGAGGUCAAUCUUGCAGUCAUAGGACCUGUGGGGAGGUAGCUUGUCCGCUUCCUUCUCGCAGAAAACCUCCAAAAACGCUGCGUACUUGAGUGGCACUGCUUGCAGCGUGCCUAAUUGUAGCUGCGGGUCAUCCUCUUCCCCUUCCGGGCUAGGCAGAAUGCAAUGUUCCGCACAGUAUGAGGAGCCGAAGGUCAGUUGUCGCUGGUACCACGCCAAUGCUGGGCUGUGCCUGUGCAGCCAACUCAUGCCUAAUACUAUAGGCGUGUCCGACAGUUGGGUGACAUUGAAGCUGAUGACUUCUCGGUGAUUCCCAAUUUGCAUCACCAUCGGAGGCGUUUGCUGCACCACCUGCCCCCCCAGCAAUUCCCUGCCAUCCACCGUGACAACUUUCAGAGGCAGCGUGGCUGGCAGGAGUGCUAUGUUGUGUUCUUGAAUGAAAUCCAGUCCUAUGAAGUCUGCGUUACUACCAGAGUCAAUGGUAAUCGGCACUUCCAUAGUGAGUCCAUUGGGUAGUUGGAGCGAUGCUGUGAGCUGCACCACUGGUUUGGGCGGGAGGGGGUCUGUGGGCUGCAAAAUCUCUGGGGACGGCUUCAUUGACUUGUCUGGCUGGGCCCCAGUGCCUCUUCCUCCAACCAGACUCUGUCGUUUCCCUGCUGUGGUUCUCUCUGCUGAGUUGCGUCUGUUACUGUUGCUGAGGCUGCAGUGUGCUUGUGGAGCCUCUGGGGACACUCUUUCGCCAUGUGCUGAGCACUGUCGCAGAUGUAGCACUUCCUGUUCCCUCUAGGAGGCUUCGCUUGACUGCUCCCGGUGUUAGGGCUCUGGUUGCUGACUGAGCCCUGGCGCCUCCAAUCUCCAUCGGUUGCUCUCCCUCCUUGCGGAGGUGGGGAUUGCACACGCGCUGCAUCCUUGGGAAAGAGGGAGGUGCUCUCACUGGCGUACGUCCCCAACGUCCUUCUUCUCUGUUCCAUGGACGUUCUUCCAGACGCACCCCAAUUUGCAGCGCCCGCCGGACAACCUCCUGAGUGCUCUUUGGUCUCUCCCCCCUUGCAAUCUCAUCUUUCACAUUUGCAUUCAAGCCUUCCCAAAAAGGUCUCUGGCUGGGGCAGAAUCCUUCUCCCAUCCCAGCGCAUGGACUAAUGCAAAAAGCGGGAAUGGUACUGCCUUACACUGGCUCUGCCUUGUUUGAGCCCAUGUAUGUCUUUUCUGGCGAUAUCAAUGUCUCUAUUUGAUAAAAACACGAAUCCAUCGCUUUAAUGAAUGCAUCCGCAUUUUGGAGCGCCGGAUCCUUAUCUCUCCACAGAUUGCGCAGCCACGCUUUAGCUUCCCCAUGCAAAUGGGACAAGAUAAACCCCACCUUCUCUUGCUCAUCUCUAAAGUCUUUAUCCAGCAGUUCCAGCGCAAACAGCACGCCUGCUCGGAAGUUAGGGUACUGCUGCAAAUUCCCAUCGAAAUGAGAUACCAGGCUGCCUCCUCUUUUCCCCAGCCCAAUCCCCUCUGAUUUGGGUCCCGGUUGCCCCUGCUUAGCAAGCACUUCCAACCUGGCUUGGAGAUCCCUGCAGGCGGCAGCCGCUUCCUCUUCCCUUUUCCUGGAUGCGAGUACCUCCGCGUUGAGUUGUGUCACUGCAUUUUGCAGGGCUGCUAGUUGCUGUUCUGUAGUCAUCUUGCCUGACUUUUGUGAGCUCGCGAAGCACCAAUCUUCGUCCCUCGCUGCGUCCACUCACGUUACGAGGUUUUUGGUGCAAAACUUUUAGGGAUGGAGCUUACUGUCAGAGCUGGCUCCAGGUCCCAGCUCACAGAGGACCAACGCUAGCCGGCAGUAAUGUACAAAAGUCUUUAUUGAAGUACAGUUUCCAUUUUCAAGCCGCAGCGCCUCAGCUCUACGUCUAGGGGUUAGAUCGGCGAAGCUCCAUCUGAGUCUCCGCCCCUGUACACCAGUUUAAGAUUCUAGCCUUACUCCACCUCUUACGUCUCUCCUUUCUCCUCUGGGUCCUGCUACCCCCCGGGGUCCCUUCCUUCCUGGAUUCUUCUGACGCUGACGUUGACCCCCCUGACUCCUCCCCCUCUUUUCGGCGGGCUUUGGGACCUGGCUCCCUAUCCGGGCUGCCAACUGCGCCGCCCUCCUGUACAUUUGAACUGGGCGCGCGCGCCCAGCCUUCAACCUUCCUCUCGACCGUUUCCUCGCUCCCCGAUGGAGGCGUGGCCAAUCCUGACUCAUGUCCUCCCACUGGCAGUGCGCCGCCUGAUCCCGAUGCCUGGGACCCCUCCCCCCUACUGCACUCUGGUGUGGACGCUGGUCCUGAUUUCCAACUGCUGCUCUCUGAGUCCCCUCUGGCCCCUUCUUCCUGCGGUGUCCCCCGCGGCACCCCCUUGCUCUGACCAAGGGAGCCCCUUUCUGUGAAUCUUCCGAUUCGCUGGAAAGACUCAGAGACCUCGGACCGCUGUCAUCGCUAACAUUUCCUUCGGACUCCUCCCCCUCGCUCUCUAUUUCCUCCCUUUCCUGUGCCUCUGCUCCUGAACCCCUGACAGCUAUGAUUUAUGUUUGUUUGUCUUAUGUGUUGGUUUGUUUAUAAUGUUGUGAAAACCAAUAAAAAAAAAUUGGGGGAAAAAAGAAGAGAUUCCUGCACUGAAGCCUCCGUUUCGCCCAGUUCCUUGCCUAACCUCCUCCAGCGGACCCUUCGGUUCACGUCAAUCAAUCAAUCAAUCAAUCAUAUGGGCCUCUAGCCACAGGAGGAACUAUAUAAUCGUAGAAUGAGAGCUGUCAGGGACCCGACUGAAAGGCGGGAAUCUCAAAGUUGUGGUUGUGUUUGCAGAUUGUGCCGAUAUGAAGAGGAGGACGGACGAGGACCGAACCUCCAGAAGGGAAAACUGGAAGAAGGUACGAUCGGGUUGCCAAAAAGGAUGGCCUUUUUUUGGCUGAGUGACCAAGAAUACUCAUGGAAGGGACCCGAGGGUCAUUUAUCCCAACCCCCAUUUGGGGCAGAAGUCUCAACAUGGAAUCCUAGAAACAGUUGAGCUGGAUGGGACCCCAACCUAGGCUUCGAAACCUCCAGUGUGGAACAGUGGUGGGCUCGUAAUCUGGGGAACUGGGUUCGAGUCUCUGCUCCUCCACAUGCAGCUGCUGGGUGACCUUGGGCUGGUCAACUUCUCUGAAGUCUCUCGGCCUUACUCACCUCACAGAGUGUUUGUUGUGGGAAGGAAGGGAAAGGAGAUUGCGAGCCGCUUUGAGACUCUUCAAGAGGGAUAUCCAAUCCAAACUCCACUUCUCCUCCAAGGAGAUAUUUUAAUAUUUUAAUGUUUCAAUAUUUUAAUGUUGUAUUUUCCAUCUUGUUUUUAACUUGUCUUCAUUCAACUUGUUUUUAUGAUUGCUUGUUAGCCGCCCUGAGCCCAACCUUGGCUGGGAAGGGCAGGAUAGAAAUAAAAAUUAUUAUUAUCAUUAUUAUUACAAGGAAGGCGAUUUCACCUGGAAUGUCUCUCAGCUUGAACCGAGUCCAAAGGGUCCCUUUCUUUUUCCUUGCUGGGGAAACCCAGCCAGAUGGGUGGGGUAUAAAUAAUAAAUUAUUAUUACUAUUAUUAUGUGCAGGCCAUCCAGAACGGGACCUUCCAGCUCCUCUGAGCCGAAUUCCUGCAUCUCGCCAGAUCUUUCCAUGCCCUCUGCAAACCGAACUCAGAGUGCCAAUAAAAAUAUUCUAUGAUUCACCUGUCUUCUUUUUUUACCUUUUUUAAACUGGCUGCUUUUAUCCAGCUGGGCGGAAGAAGCAUCCUGUUGGCGCCUCAAAAGCACACAUUGAUUCUGCUUUUGAGCCCAGCUUUGGCUGGGGAGGGCAGGAUAAAAAUAAAAAUUUAUUAUUAUUAUUAUUCUAUUGAGAAUAUUUCAACAGAAGGAAAUCAAAGGAGCAUGGAAAGGGAACGAAGAAAAAUAAAAGAUGUCUAUGAUAUUAUUAUUAUUUAUUGAAUUGAUAAACCACCCUAUACUCAGAGAUCUCAUAUAUGCAAACAACUAUGAUUCCAUAGAUAGUCAAUCUCCUCCAACACUUCUCCAGUGAAAAUAGGGACAUCCUGUCACACCUCUGAUAUUACCCUGAUGAAAAUUGGGACAUCCUAGUCCAUCUCCAACCAUUCUCCC